CUGUGAUUAUUGCCUAUCCAAUAAUGUUUUUAAGUAAAUUACUUUCUCAUAAAUUACCAUGGAUUGAUUGCAAAAAUGAGUGGAAUACCGAAUAUUGUGUGGAGGUUUUAGAAUUAGGGAAACGUAAUUUUACACACCAUACCGGCUUUCGAACACCAGCCGAUGAGUUUUUUCACUACGAAAUAUUACAAGUUUCUGAUAGUAUAGAAGAAUUGGGUGGCAUCGUUUGGCCGCUAUUUUAUUGUCUGAUCUUUGUGUGGCUCUCCGUUUACGUUUGCAUUAUUCGUGGCAUAAAAACCGUCGGCAAAGUGGUUUAUUUCACCGCGGUCUUUCCCUUCUUCAUACUUUUCGUGCUAUUCAUACGUGGCAUUACCUUGCCCGGUGCAAUGCGAGGUAUUCUAUUCUACAUUAAGCCCGAGUGGUCACGCCUAUUGGAUUUGAAAGUUUGGGCUGAUGCUGCCAUACAAAUUUUCUUUUCACUUGGACCCGGUUGGGGUGGCAUCGUCAAUAUGGCAAGUUUCAAUAAUUUUCGAAAUAAUGCCAGAGGUGAUUCAUUUAUAAUACCGAUUGUAAAUUGUGCCACCAGCAUAUUUGCGGGAUUUGUAGUUUUCUCCGUGCUGGGUUUUCUAUCACAUCAGUCAGGUAUACCAGUCGGUACGGUGGCCACAUCUGGUCCAGGUCUGGCAUUUGUUACAUAUCCCCAAGCAAUUGCUAUGCUACCAGUGCCUCACCUGUGGGCUGCGCUAUUCUUUUUUAUGCUCUUCCUGCUCGGCUUGGAUAGUGUGUUUGUGCAAAUUGAGGCCAUUAUAUCGUCUGUCAUCGAUGAGGUACCAAAACUGCGCAAACAUAAGGCGCUCGUCACAUUGGGAUCAGUAUUCAUUAUGUUUUUGAUGUCAAUUAUAAUGGUGACAAGGGGUGGUAUGUUCAUACUACAACUCUUCGAUUGGUAUUCCGCUUCCGUUUCGGUAAUACUCAUUUGCGUGCUGGAAGUUGUGAUGGUCGCCUGGAUUUAUGGCGUGGAUAAUUUCAUCGACGAUAUUUACUUUAUGAUUGGAAAAAGGCCAGGCAUUGUGUGGAAAUUCUGUUGGAUGUAUCUUACGCCGAUUAUAUUAAUUGUAUGUAUAAAUCGUGUAUUCCUCGUUUUACGUCGGUACCUAUGUAUGUACAUAUAUCAUAACUGUUUCUCUCUCAUCAACCAACAGGGCAUGUUCUUCACCAGCAUCAUAUUCAAUCGAGACAUAACCUAUAACGGCAUAAUUUAUCCACGUUGGGCCAUAGCGCUUGGGUGGCUGAGCUGUUGCAUCUCUAUCGCCUGCAUUCCUACAUAUAUGAUUUAUGCGCUAAUGCGUGGCAAAGGUUCGCUAUUGGAGAUUUUACGAAAGCAAUUGCAAGCCAACGAUUGGACACCGGCAAGUGAGGAGCAUCGAAUUGAAUAUGAGGAGUAUCAGCGUACACGGAAAUUGACGUGUGAAUUGAAUAAUAUAUAUGAGAGUGGCAAGUGUGGCUAAAGUGCGGAUGUGUAGAUUUACAUAAAUAUGUAGUUGUUGUGCAGCAUAGGAAAACACAAAUUAGAUUAUUUUAAAUAAAAUGCAAGCAAGUCCGUAAACAAAAA